CUAAGCGCCUCCCGUUGGCUGCAAAUCGCGGCCGGGCAUGGACGACGGGGACCUGGACUUCUCCUCCAUGGGCAGCUACUUCGACUUGGACGUCCUCGGCGACACGGCGGAGCACCUCGCUCGCUGCACCCACACCCACACCUGCAACCCGCCCGCCCACCACCACCACCCCCACACCCACACCUGCCUCCACGUCCACUCCAAGUUCCCCGCCCCCGCCUCCCCCGACGCCGGCGCAGAGACCCCGGCCGAGUUCGAGGACGCCCACGCCACCUCCAGGACCAAGAGGCGCCGCCCGUCGGGCAACCGGGCGGCCGUGCGCAAGUACCGGGAGAAGAAGAAGGAGCACACGGCGGUGCUGCAGGAGGAGGCGGCCCACCUCAGGGCUCUCAACGACCAGCUGGUGAGGAAGGUCCAGGACCACGCCGCGCUUGAGGCCGAGGCGGCCAGGCUCCGCUGCCUGCUCGUCGACGUCAGGGGCAGGAUCGAAGGGGAGAUCGGCGCCUUCCCUUACCAGCGCCGGCAGGCCAAGGGCGACGGCCCGGGCUCCGCUGCUGCUGGUGCUGGUGCUGCCGGCCCGGUCAUGAUGAGCUCAUGUGGUUUCGUACGAACCUGUGAACAGCCUCCUGUCUGUUUUCGUUAGUUAAUUGAACUUCGAAUAUGUUGCCUUUGGGAUAAAUUUUAUGCCAUUAUCCUUUUUUUGUAUGGAAAUUAAGCCUUCAUGGAUGCCUUUAUUUCAGUUGAAGCAUAGUUACAUUGGA